UCAUUUAUUUCUUAAAUUAAUCGAAAUCGUAAGCCUUCAAUCAUAGUCGUGGUCACUUUAUGUGUGUCUGUGUGAAUGUCAGCAAUGAUACCUAGUGACAUAGCCCAUCUUGCGCUAAGCGGCAAAGCGGGUCCGACACAGUGAGAUCUUGUCAACUGGAGAGGGAAGCCCCGGGAGACGACAGAAAUAGAUGACGGAAAUACGUCAUCUAUAUUUGGACCAAUCUCAGAGUGUAGUAGGAAGGUUUGGUGUGUGGAACAAAAGAAAUCAAGCAUGGAGGAACCUGUAAGUGUUGAAUCUGAGCAAGCCGAGAGACCCUUGGCCACUGAGUGCUCUUCAUGCCAUACUCCUCUUGAGGUGCCUUGGAUACACUGUGCCAUAUGCAGGACUCCUACAGUUGACCUCUGCUCUCGAUGCUUCUCUCAUGGAGCUGAGUUUGGACAGCAUGAAUGUGAUCAUCCAUAUACAGUUGUAAAGCUUGAUUUCCCCCUGUAUGAGUCACAUUGGACUGCCUCUGAAGAACUGAAGUUACUUGAUGCUAUACAGGAUUGUGGCAUUGGAAACUGGCAAGCCAUCAGCGGCAAGUUGCGAACCAAAACAGAGGCGGAGUGUGAAAGGCAUUAUCUCUGCUGCUAUGUUGAGAAACCUCAAGCUCCACUACCAGAGUUUACAGACCAGCACAAUUAUGACAGGGGAGCGCCUGUGAUUUUCAAGUUGUCAGAUAACCCGCCACGUCCUGCUGAAGGUUCAAACCUGUGGAACGAGAUGGGAGGAUACUCCGCUGCUCGCUGCGACUUUAACACAGAGCACGAUAACUUUCUUGAGCUGGAUAUCUGUCACCUGACUUCUAGUGACAUGGACAGUCCUAGAAUAGAGAGUACCGAAGAGAUGACCGAAGAGGACCAGAGGCUGUAUAAAGAUUUAUCCAUCACAGUGCUGGAGGUGUACAGAAACUGCCUCCUGGAGAGACAAAGAAGGAAGAAACUCAUACGGGAAUAUGGACUUAUCAACAUGAGGAAAUGGUUUGGCCACAUGAGGCGUCGCUUUGACAGCACUCUUUCGUUGGAGAUCCUGAGACCUUUCAUGCGCUUGUUCCCAACCAUGACUUUUGACAAAUACCUGGAAAGUCUUCUCUAUGAGAAACAGCUCAAGAAUCAAAUCUCAAAACUCCAGGAGUAUCGCAAAAAUGGAAUAACUGUUCUGAGAGCUGCCCGUCUCUACUCGCAGCUGAAACAGAGACGAGAAUCCUCAAAGAUACAACGGCACCUUUUAUCAGAUGUUCUUAAUCAUGUUAAGGACGAAUCGUCAUGUCAGUCAUGGCUGGCGCGACAAGCAGUGCUGGAGGGCACUCAGAAAGCUGACAAACUGGCCCUGCCCAACCCAAUCCGUAAGUCGGCACCACGGCUGAACAUCGAAGGGCUACAAGGCUAUGAGAAACUCAAUGAAGCAGAAAAAGAGAUGUGCGCAGAGGUACGACUGGUCCCUCAGGCUUACCUGGACUUUUCACGUCUGCUAAUUGCCGAGUGCAACAAACAUGGCUUUCUGCGUCUGGCGCAGGCUCGAACUCUCAUCAAAAUAGAUGUCAACAAGACGAGACGUCUGUACGACUUCCUCCUAGUUCAAGGACUUAUAAACAAAGACCCCAUGUGAUGGGAGCUUCUUCCGUGUGUUUGUGUUUCUUUAGGCGGAUGGGUAUGUGUGUUAGAAGGUUUCGCUUUUGUAGGCAUGAAUUAGGCUGUGUGUAAUGAGUUUUGUUAGCUUGAACGUGUGUGUGUGUGUGUGUGUGUGUGUGUGUGUGUGUGUGUGUGUGUGUGUGAAUAUAAUAUACCUAUUUAUGUGUAUGUUUGCACUACCUGUAAGAAACUGAAAGUUUUCAAAAUUAUGACAGCUUUCAUUUUCUUUUGUGAUAAAGACAGGUGAAAGGGCUAAUAGAGUUUGCCUUUAUUGAAUAAAAAUAUAUUGUGCAAUAAAAAAUUACAAUGGUACC